ACUUUAUUUUGCAACAACUGGAUUGGGAUGGACUUAAAACGGACUUAAAAUAUUGAAUGUAAACAUUUAGUUGCAAAUAGCUGUUUACUGUUUUGGCAAGCAUAUAUUGAUGCAAUUAGAGAAUACGUACCAGUGCCAAGGUUGAAUGACUUUAUUUUGCAAAAACUGGAAAUUAAUCCAUCACUCUUAAUAGAGCAUGACAAAGGUACUUAUUAGUGUCCGGUCUAUAACGUGACAAGAUUAUCCGUUGCCGAGUUUUGGUGUAGGGCCCUAAAAAAGGAAUUUAAUGUAUGAUUUAUAUUAAACUCAUAGCUGAGCUAUCUAAAUUGAUAGAAAUAAACAACCUAAAAUGGAGUCUACCAUUCGAAUUGACACAUAUAACACAACGGAGGAAGUUGCAACUAAACCAGGUGCCAGGAGUGCAAUAACUGCUUGUAUUUUAAUGUUGGCCGUUUUCAUUACGUUCACAAAUGGCAUGAUCAUCUGUUUCUACAUGUUGAAACCUAACGUUAGAAAGCAUGUUAGUGUCUUUAUAUUGAACUUAGUUGUCGUUGACUUUCAGAAUGGAAUAUUAGCUGUGCCCCUUGCAGCAUUCAGGAGAGAACUAUCGGCGAGUCCAAACACAUAUUUGUGUGCAUUUUCAUCCGUUUGGCCACCUGUUUUAUUAUUAGCAGUGAUAUCAAGCAUUCUUCUUGUUGCUGCCGACAGACUCAUCUCCAUCAUAAAACCGUUCCAAUAUAACGAGAUAGUGACACGUCCUCGAAAAGGCAUUGCCAUAACAACAGUUUGGGUGUGGUCGAUUAUGUUUGGGUGUGCACCAUUGAUUGGUUCUCGCACGCCAGGAGGUAUACGUAUAUCUGUAUUCCCGGGAGAAAUUGUAGACGCUUUUUGCGAUGAACAUUACGUGUACACACAAACAUAUAUUUUAUUUUACCUAUCUCUUGGGAUUCUAGCACCCUUGAUAGCCAUAAUAAGUAUAUACAUAGCGAUGUAUAGAAUUGCACAGAGACAUAUCAAGGCUAUAAACGCAAUACAAACAGCUUCAAAUGAUACGGAAUAUGAAGUCAAAGGUGGAAAAGUGAAUAAGAUUGUGAAUAUUUCAAAAGCUGCAAAAACUGCAUUCAUUAUGUCAACUCUCUUUGUGCUGUGUUGGGUUCCGUUUAUGAUUGUCUUGCAAUUGUUGAUUCUUGCGAGAAUUAGUGAUUUGAGCAAAUAUCUUGACUCGUCUAAAAUUGAAAUUGGACUUGGUGGCGCAGCCUUUUUAGCAUACCUUGUCUCAUGUGUAAAUCCAAUUAUAUAUUCACUACGAACACCUACAUUGAAGCAGAACUUAAGAUUGACGUUUUGUUGGAUUUGCCAUAGAAAUAAAGUAGAAAGUUUUUCCGGGAAGGAAAGAGAUCUCGAAGGGUCAAUGGUAUAUUGAAAAUAACCUACACGAUUCCCGUAGAGCGUUUCUAUAACAAUUGCAAGGUGACUUGUUGGCAAUAACUAAUUAUUUAUUUCCUAGCAAAAAUAAAAGACUAAAUCGUUUACUUGUAAAUUAUAAAACUAAAAUAUAAUAAUACAAAGUGCAUUCAUUUUAAUAUAGACAAGCAACGUUAAUGAGGAUACGAAUGAGAGAACGAGUAGGGAUGAGUCAAUGUAUCGACUUCGAUGAAUUUAAGAAUAUUCAAAACUUCAUUUCUUGUACCUUACAUGUAUAUGUCAUGUAUUUGAUUGGUGCCAUUCUUCGGCAUUUGACUGC